AUGCUGGCAAACAGAGAUGUGCCGUACGCGCCCCCGCAGCGGCCGGUGCCUGUGGGCCGCACGCCACCCUCUGGGAGGCGGCGCGCCGAUGUCUCCUUCGACUUCCAUGGGCGCUGCAUGGCCACCUGCUCCAGUGACCAGAGCGUCAAGGUCUGGGACAAAAGUGAAAGUGGAGAUUGGCAUUGUACCGCUAGCUGGAAGACACAUAGUGGAUCUGUAUGGCGUGUGACAUGGGCUCAUCCUGAGUUUGGACAGGUUUUGGCCUCCUGUUCUUUUGAUGGAACAGCUGCUGUGUGGGAAGAAAUAGUAGGAGAGUCCAAUGAUAAACUGCGAGGACAGAGUCAUUGGGUGAAGAGGACGACUUUAGUGGAUAGCAGAACAUCUGUUACUGAUGUGAAAUUUGCUCCCAAGCAUAUGGGUCUUAUGUUAGCAACCUGUUCAGCAGAUGGUAUAGUAAGAAUAUAUGAGGCACCAGAUGUCAUGAAUCUCAGCCAGUGGUCUCUGCAGCACGAGGUCUCCUGUAAACUAAGCUGUAGUUGUAUUUCUUGGAACCCUUCAAGUUCUCGUGCCCACUCCCCCAUGAUAGCUGUAGGAAGUGAUGACAGUAGUCCAAAUGCAAUGGCCAAGGUUCAGAUUUUUGAAUACAAUGAAAACACCAGGAAAUAUGCAAAAGCUGAAACUCUUAUGACAGUCACUGAUCCUGUUCAUGAUAUUGCAUUUGUUCCAAAUUUGGGAAGAUCUUUCCACAUUCUAGCAAUAGCAACCAAAGAUGUGAGGAUUUUUACAUUAAAGCCUGUGAGGAAAGAGCUUACUUCCUCUGGUGGGCCAACAAAAUUUGAAAUUCAUAUAGUGGCUCAGUUUGAUAAUCAUAAUUCCCAAGUCUGGAGGGUGAGCUGGAACAUAACGGGAACAGUGUUAGCAUCUUCUGGAGAUGAUGGCUGUGUAAGAUUGUGGAAAGCGAAUUAUAUGGACAAUUGGAAGUGCACUGGUAUAUUGAAAGGUAAUGGGAGCCCAGUUAAUGGGAAUUCUCAACAGGGAAAUUCAACUCCUUCCCUUGGCUCAACUAUUCCAAAUCUCCAAAAUUCACUAAAUGGAUCUUCUGCUAGCAGAAAGCACAGCUGAGCGCCAGCUAACUGGAUAACUCGGGUGUUUUGCUGCUUGUUGCAUGCACACAGGACAGGAAUGGACAGUCAACUCCUUUCCCCUUCCCCAGCGCCGUUUGACCUCUCCCAAGAUACACCAGCAGCCUGUUCACUA